AAUUGUUAAAAAAAGCAAAAUGUGUGGACUUUAACCUUGUGUUGGUUACUCUAUAAUGAGAAUGUAAAACAGGAAGUUUCAGUAUUGAGUGAGGCUUGAUCGGAGAGGAGGGAGGGAAGGGAUGGGACAUCUGCCGCUGACGUUUGUUGUGCUUUCAUAUGACUCAAACACUUCACAGGUUACAGCAGUGGAUAAACUCAUUGUGGAACAUCUUAUCUAAUAUGGAUCCCUCAACGGGGCCAUAAACAGAGGCUGAAACCCAGGAAACUGACUUGCUCACGGCGUACGUCUUAGUUCGCUGACUGUUUCAACAACAAUGAGGGAAAACCACAUACCAGCCUGAUUGGGACGUCAUGUUGCUCCUAGAAGAAAUAUGUGCAACAAAAUGCUGUAGGACGUCUGCUGCAGCGUGAAGCAGAAUGUUUCCUCCUGAAUGGAUCUGGGGCAUUUUGCUGGCUCUGCACGGGUCAGCCUGGGCAUUGGAGGUUUCUAAAUAUGACAGGGAUACAGUCAUCUGCUCACAGGGUCUUUCCGAUUGCAUCCUGAAAAAUGAAUUUUUUAAAGCUAACAACAACGUGGCAUUUCAGAAGCUGAAACCUGGUUUUAAGCUGUGCAAAGACAGAAAAGCUUAUGUAUUGUGUCUGGAGAUAGAGCUAGAGCUCCACAUCCCUCUGGAUUCAGUCAGGGAGGAUGAAGUCCAGUCUGGAGAUGAUGAUGAGGCUGACAGAGAUGAGACAACGGAUGAACAAGCUUCAGUGACUGCCUGUUAUCAAAUUCCCAGGGGUUUGUCCACAUGCAAGAAGGUGGAAUUUACCAUCAAUCACACAGCUCUUGCUCAACAAAACCAGACCAAGGUUUCCAUAGUAAUCACUCAGUCCAAUGGGAUUAACUAUGGAAAUCAAAUCAUUAUCCUAACCACUUUAACCACUGCAGAGGACAUUUUUGCACCUUCUCUAAAUGAAGUGUGUUCCUUCAAACGGCAGAAGCAUAUACAUGUGCCAGAGUGUCAAGUGCCCAGAGUUAAUUUUAUUCUAAAUCUGACAACCAAUCAAGUUGAGCUGCAGUUCAGUGGCAGGAGUAAGACCUCGCCCGCGUUGUGUUUGCAGUAUGAGAAAAACGGAAUCUGUCAGGAACCAAGCCAAAACACCAUCCCAUUUUAUUCUGUGGCCCCCUGCUUGUGUAUCCAGGCAUGGUAUAAGACUGACCAGGUGUCUAGACGCAUUGAGAAGUGUCCCUUCAAUGGCUGUUUUCCCAAAAUCUCUAAUCAAACAUUACGACAUCACUUACAACAAAACAUGUGGAACAAUGUGACAGUGGACAUGCGUUUGAGCAAAAUGACAAAUGGAGACAUGAUGUUGUUAUGGAACAUUUCCGCCCCCUGCCGGCUUGAAGGGGAAGUGCAUCUCUGCCACAAAACAAACUGCAAGGAAAGGAAAGACAGCAGGCUGUUGUCCAAUGACACAUGGAAACAGAACAUCAAGGGACUUUGGGUAAAUGAAGUGGCCUUUGAAAGCAUAGACGAACAGAUUUCACAUUGUGUGAUGGUCAGAAUACAAGGAUUAGAUCAUGAAUUUGGGAAAAUCUGUACUAAUGAUGCUUUUGUUGCUCUUGCUGCAGCUGGCAGAUGGCACUGGAGUCUCCUGGUUGUUGGUGUGCUGCUGCUUGUGUGUUUGACUGCACUCAUGAUUUGUGUACUGCAUGAUUAUGUCAAAAAAUGGGCGUGGAGCUGGCCUCAUGGAGGAUUUGUAAAGAUUGGCAGAAAAGGUCAUUUGGUUCUGCUGAGCCCUCCAGAUGUGGAUGAUGGUGUUGCCGAGUCCGUUCAUCAGCUUGGGUCCCUCCUCUGCAGCCAGGGCUUCAGCGUAUCCGUGGACCAGUUCAGCAGGAAGGAGCAGUGCUCUCAGGGACCUCUGCUGUGGUUCCACUCACAGAUGCUAAAGCUGGACCGGAUGGGUGGCAGAGUUGUGCUUGUUGUCACCCCGAAAGCCUCACAAAGAGCCGAGGAGUGGAGCCGUUUAAACAGAGAUGGAGCAGCUAAAAUGACACAGCAGUUCCUGUCUCCUUACUCCGACCUGUUUACUGCAUCACUGUGCCUCAUUCACAAACACAAGAGUCUGGGCAAGGCAGCCGAGCGCUUUCUUCUGGUGAAAUUUGACUCCAGUAAUCAAAAAUCUCUCCCAGAGCUGCUCCGGGGCCUACCUCUGUUUCAGCUCCCCUCUCAGACUCAGUCGCUCCUGACUGAGCUGACGGUGGUAGAGACUAACAUGGGGCCCGGCGGGUGGAUGUGGAGGGGAUGCAGGUAGAAGGCUGAUGGAGGGAAAGUUGGAAUGCUCCAGAAAUGGCACAAACAGCCCAGCUGCAGAGUGAAGGUUACGGAAUCUGAUGGACAGAAGACACUUUGAAGACUUCACUCCAAAUAUGUUGAUUAAAAGAAAAAUUUUGAGACAAAUAUUUUAGUAUAGCAGGUGGACAGCAAAGUUUUUAGGAAAGGUGUUUGGCUCCACAUGCAAAACUGCAACAAAAGUGAUGAGAUUAAAAACGACCAGUGGUUGGACACCGAGGAAAUACAUGAAGCCCCAUCAGAAUUAGAUUACUAUCUUAAUUAUUAGCCAUUUUUAAUGUAUUAAAAAGAUCUAAACAUAAAAACGAGACGUUCUAUUUUCCACAGUCUUGUAUCCAUAAAGCUGUCAACAUCGGUCUAUAAAUACUUUUUGUGUCACACUGAAGUUGGUGAGUCAGUCUCAUUGGCAGAAACUAGUGUCAGUUUACCAGCACUGGGGUGUGCUUGUCAAGUGUUUCUCUGCAUCUCAGAGGGGUGGUGUUAACAGACAUGCCUGGUUACAGCAAGUUCCACCCACUCAGGAGGUUGUCUUCAUUGCAACAAAAGUUUUUCUGGACAAGUCACAGAAGCGUCUCGGUUGGCUUCAUUCUGUUAAAAGUUGUCAAACACGGUUCUGUUCUGGUGACUCAAAGGUAAACACACUAAAUUAUUAUUUAUUUAACAACUGUUUUAGUGAGCGACUGAGUUUAUUCACAACAAGAUGGUAUUUAUUUUAUUUUUAAUUUUGAAUGCUGCAGCACUGAGAGGCUGUGUUAAAACUCCUAAAUUAGGUUAAAGGAGCAUUACAGAUGUUUACUGGAGCUGUGCAAAGUAUUGUAAAAAUGAAGGUUUGCUUCAAAAGUUAUGAACUCACAAAUAUGAAGUAUUUUCAUCCUGUAAAUUGGUACAGAUCCUUCAAACCCUUUGUUUCAUAUUCAGAUAGUUUUUUUUAAUCGGUGUGCAACUUUGAAAAGAAACUGUGGAUUCUAUGAGGAAAGCUGAGUAUUAAGACAAUGCAUGAAGUAUAAAUAUUCAAACACAAAUGCAGAUUUUACCUCAAAUCAUAGCUCACCAUAAUGUUAAGCUUCUUUCUAGGAGUUUUUAUGCAUUCUGUUCCUGGUUCCCAAUAAACACUACCUACCACCAUCA